CCGAGUCAGUGGCCCAAGGGUGAGAGCACAGCAAAGAGGACAUGGUAUAAAGAGAUUUGAGGGUCCAGACAGCAGAGAGAGAGAGAAAGAGCGAGGCAGCUUUUAUUUACUCAGAUUUUAUAAACUUAUAUAUUCACAAAACCAGAAACAUCAACUUUACAAAUACAGCCUUCAUCGCUGGUCUUUAUUCACCAUGGCACCACUGAUGAAUUACUGGAUGUGUUUGGCUGUUCUCUCGUCAACAGUGGCCGCGAGUCAUGCCUUAAGAAGAAUCUCUUUGAAGAAAAUGCCGUCUAUCAGAGAGACGCUGAGGGAGAUGAGCGUUUUGCCAGAGCAGAUCAUGACUGAGUUGGCCCAGAAGAGCACAGACAACCAUAAAAAUGGGACAGUUCCCACACCUCUCACCAACUACUUGGAUACUCAGUACUUUGGGGAAAUCAGCAUUGGCUCUCCGGCCCAGAUGUUCAACGUGGUGUUUGACACAGGCUCAGCCAAUCUGUGGGUGCCCUCGCAGAGCUGCUCACCUUUCUCCACUGCCUGUUACACCCACAACAGGUACGAUGCCUCCAAAUCUCGGACUUACGUUGAGAACGGAACCGGAUUUUCUAUCCAGUAUGCCUCUGGAAAUGUCAGGGGUUUUCUCAGCGAGGAUGUGGUCGUGGUGGGUGGUAUCCCUGUGGUGCAGGUGUUUGCUGAAGCAACCUCUCUGUCUGCCAUGCCCUUCAUCUUUGCCAAGUUUGAUGGUGUUCUUGGGAUGGGUUACCCAAAUGUGGCCAUCGAUGGCAUCACUCCUGUGUUUGACCGCAUCAUGUCUCAGCAUGUCCUCAAGGAACAGGUGUUCUCUGUCUACUACAGCAGGGACCCAAAACACUCCCCAGGUGGAGAGCUGGUCCUUGGUGGCACAGACCCAAACUACUACACUGGAAACUUUAAUUACAUGGACACCAGAGAGACGGGCAAAUGGGAAGUUACCAUGAAAGGUGUUUCUGUAGGGAUGGAAAUGAUGUUUUGUGCAGAGGGCUGCACAGCUGUGAUUGACACUGGCUCCUCUUACAUCACUGGCCCAGCCUCCUCUGUGUCCAUUCUGAUGCAAGCCAUCGGAGCACAGCUGGAUGAAAGUGGAUACAAAGUCAACUGUGACACUGUCAAGUCGUUGCCUAGUGUGACUUUCCACCUGGGUGGCCAGGAGUACUCGCUCACUCAGGAGGAUUACAUUUUAUGGCAAUCACAUAUCAAAGGAGACGUCUGCACUGUCACCUUCAGGGGCUUGGAUGUGCCGCCCCCUACAGGUCCCAUCUGGAUUUUGGGAGCCAACUUCAUUGCCCGCUACUACACAGAGUUUGACCGUCGCAAUAAUCGGAUAGGGUUUGCUACAGCAGUCUGACGGAAAGUUAAACGUCAGCCAUGUUGCUCUGUUUUCUUUUUCUCUAUCUUUGCUGCCAUCUCCUCUUUGACCAGCCCUCCCUUUAGUUGCUUUUAAGACAAGUUGUGAUCAAACUACAACGGUUUUAGCUACACAAAUGGCAAAGAAUAGUCCAAAGCCUAUUAUUUGCAAAUCCUGCUUUUUGUUGUAUUUGCACCAGUUGCACUGAACACCUUUGUAUUUCCUUUAAAUGUGUAAGCAGUGUGUGUGUGUGUGUGUGUGUGUGUGUGCGUGCGUGUGCGU